CGUGGCCGGUGUCCGCGCGCUCGCUGCCGCCGCUCGGUUCGAAGUUGGCGCCAGCAGCCAUGCGGCGCUGAGGAGGCCGCAGCCGCCCACCCUCGGGAGGCCGCCGCUCCCGCCGCCCUCCCCGGUUCCCCGCCGCUGAGGGCCCGCUGCCGCCUCCUGGCCCCGCUCUCCCGUCGUUCCCGCCGCUGCCGCCAUGUCUGCGGGCUUCUCCUUCGGCGCGGGGACCCUGGGCUCCGCGGCCGCCGCCGCCGCCGGGGCGGGAGGAGGAGGCGGAGGCGGGGGCUUUUCCUUCGGAGCCGCCACUUCGAGCUCAACAGGAGGACUUAAUUUUGGAACUCUGGGCUCUUCCACUGCUACAGCAACUACAUCAGCUCCUUCAGUGGGCUUUGGGAGUGGACUUUUUGGAUCAAAAUCAACAACUGGCUUUACACUAGGAGGCACCAGUACAGCAGGAACAGCAUCAACUAUUGCUACAGGACUGACACUAGGCACGCCUGCCACCACAUCAGCAGCUACCACAGGCUUUAGUUUAGGUUUCAACAAACCUGCAGGUUCGGCCACGCCAUUUGCUUUACCUGUUACUUCUACCUCAGCAGGUGGCCUAUCAUUAUCAUCUGCUCUUACAUCAACUGCUGCAGCAGGAACUACUGGCUUUACGUUAAAUUUGGGUGGCACAACUGCACCAACUACAACUGCUUCCACAGGCCUUUCCUUAGGAGGAGCCUUAGCAGGUUUAGGAGGUUCACUCUUCCAGAAUACAAGCACAGCAGCAACAGGACUUGGGCAGAAUGCUUUGAGUUUGACUCUGGGGACAACUGCGGCUCCUUCAACUACUGCCAAUGAAGGUCUUGGUGGCAUUGAUUUUAGUAGUUCUUCAGACAAAAAGAGUGACAAAACAGGAACAAGACCAGAAGAUAGCAAAGCACUGAAGGAUGAAAAUCUACCUCCAGUAAUCUGUCAAGAUGUAGAAAAUCUACAGAAAUUUGUGAAAGAACAAAAACAAGUUCAGGAAGAAAUUAGUAGAAUGUCCUCUAAAGCAAUGCUUAAAGUACAAGAAGACAUUAAAGCUUUGAAACAACUUCUGUCUGUAGUUGCCAGUGGAUUACAGAGAAACACUCUUAAUAUUGACAAGCUGAAAGUAGAAACUGCACAGGAGCUAAAGAAUGCAGAAAUAGCUUUACGAACACAGAAAACUCCUCCUGGUCUCCAGCAUGAAAAUACAGCCCCAGCAGACUACUUCAGAAUCUUGGUUGAGCAGUUUGAAGUACAGCUGCAGCAAUACAGGCAACAAAUAGAAGAGCUGGAAAAUCAUCUUGCUACUCAAGCAAAUAAUUCACACAUAACUCCACAAGAUUUGUCUAUGGCUAUGCAGAAAAUCUAUCAAACAUUUGUAGCUUUAGCUGCACAACUUCAAUCAAUACAUGAAAACGUAAAGAUGCUCAAAGACCAAUACCUUGGCUACAGGAAAACCUUUCUGGGAGAUGCCAUGGAUGUGUUUGAGGCAAGACGAACGGAAGCUAAGAAGUGGCAGAGCGCGCCACGUGUUACCACUGGACCGACCCCUUUCAGCAACAUACCAAAUGCAGCAGCCGUUGCGAUGGCUGCAACACUUACUCAGCAGCAACAGCCUGCUACAGGGCCACAGCCAUCUCUGGGAGUUAGUUUUGGAACGCCAUUCGGCUCAGGUAUUGGCACUGGCUUGCAAUCAAGUGGCUUAGGUUCUUCAAGCCUUGGAGGAUUUGGAAGUAGCUCUGCCUUUGGAAGUAGUGCCACAGGAGCAUCAUCGUUUGGGUUUGGAACUACAAGUAAACCAUCAGGAAGUCUAAGUGCAGGCUUUGGCAGCUCGACUACAUCUGGGUUUAACUUCAGCAAUCCCGGCAUCACAGCAUCAGCUGGCCUGACGUUCGGGGUAUCUAAUCCUGCAUCUGCAGGCUUUGGGACAGGAGGGCAACUUCUUCAGCUGAAGAAACCUCCAGCUGGAAACAAGCGAGGGAAAAGAUAGGCACCCCUUUUAGGGAAGGGGAAGUGAAUCAACUUUGUUCAUCUGAAAAGUCUAUUUUUCUAGAUUGAUGCAUUAGUUAAAUUGCAUCCCAGGAGAUUUAUAAAAAUUUUGCUACUUUUCCCUAGUCUGAAAUACAAAAUGGAAUCAUAUUGAACAGCUAUUUUCUUGUGAAUAGAAACCUGUUUAUGUAUUUUUAUUUUUGGUCCUAGUUUUAGAAAUGUUCUAUACUGCAUUAUUAUUAAAGAAUCUUGUAAAACCAUCUAUUUAACCUAAUGUUAGUAGCAGAAUAUUUUUUGUUAAUAAGCUUUAUACCAUAUGAAUAUAUGCAUAUUUGUUUUUUUGUACAGAUAAAAUAUAUUCUAGUACAAAUACUAGAGUUCAUAUCUUCUGUUCCUGGAUAUGGCCUUUAAAUCUACUUCAGGGUGUUUUUGUGUAUAUGGAUGUAAAUAUAUACAGUACAGUGCACACAUCUGUGUGUAUGUAUGUGUAUAUAUAUAUAUAUGUGUAUAAAAUACAGAUGUGCAAACCUCACCCCAUAGACAGGUCUCCUUUUCUUUGUGUAUUCUCUUUCUCCAUGUUCCCCUGUGGUCCCAUAUCUUGAUGUUCCUAGGAGUUUCAAAUAGUGGGUCCUGGGCUAUGUCAUCAUUGCUUCUCGUGUUCUGUUGUUUAAGACCAGCUGACAUACAAUGUUAACUAUUUCAUAAAGUUUGGUAAGUAGUGGUUAGUAGCUGGAUUUUUUUAACCUUUUUCUUCACCCAUUUAGCAGCCAACUGUAAAGAAGAAUCUGAGGUUUUGACACAGCAUUUCAUAGGUGGUGUUCCCAAACUGGUUUUGUUUUUUCUGCUGAGCUGAACAGUAGAGUGUUGCAGGACUUCAGCUGAAAGCUCAGGAUGCCACGAGGUCUGUGUGCAAGCAGAGGGUUGUCGGGCUGGAUGAGCUUUUCCCUGCAACUGGGGGAGAUGGGAUAUGCUAUUCUAAUGAAAACCCAAAUUAGCUGUUACAAAACGGAGUUGAUUCACUAGCUUCUUGUCAGUGCUACUAGCACUGACUUAAAAGCAGUUGCGUAUCUGCUUUCAAUACGAGGUAUAGUACAAUAACUUGCUGCUAAGGAAUGGAGGAGGAAAAUGAUGCAAUUUGAAGGUUAAACCUAUUGCAACAGUAGUUUAUGAAUCUUGCAUAUUACAACAUCAUAGCUUGUUGUGCUGCAUUUCCAAUUUGGUGUGCACUAGAAAUAGCUGGGAAAACAUCUUAAGGAGGGAAUAAUAGCUCAACUGAAUCUUUGCAAAUAAAGAUACAGGCUGAAGUGUGAACAUGGAACUUUGGAGCCAAGUUGCUUUUUAUGUAGAAGAUGUUUUGUAUAUAACACGCAUCAAAUGAAUAUUCACAAUCAUUUUCACAAAAGCACCUUUUUUUCUAAAACAGUUACAGUGCAUAAGAUUUUUCUAGUACCAGGUCAUUUGCUUUCUAUUGUUAAAGAGUUACUACCAUUUUGUAUGUUUUGGAAACGAUGUCUGCAUUCAGCAGUGAUUGCUCUUUGACAAAUGUUCGGUUUGUCACUUGAUCUGAUAAAAUUAAGGGAAACUGAGCACAGAAUUCUUCACUUUUGUACUUGUAUGUUAUUGCAUCUUUGUGAGCAGUCUCUUAGGAAGGGAUACAAUGUGGGGGUUUUUUUUAUGUCUCGGAAAAAUAAAGCUUACAAUUUAUUUUAAUUUCAACCUUUUUUUUAAACUUUUAUUGGGCUGCAGUCAAAACCGUAAUGUUUGUAUUCCUUUGUUAUUGCUUUUUUUACUAGUUAAUAUGUUAAACCACUGGACUCUCUUGUAAUGUAUUAAUUUGUGAAACUAAUUCUAAAUGUGUACUGUUUGUCCCUAUGUGCAACUUACCAUUGUGCAAACAAUAAAACAGUAAUGCUGUGAUCCUUGUAAUAAAUAUUUGCCUAUUUGAAA